AUGAUCGAAUAUGGGGCGAUAGAAGAUGAACAAGUCGAUUGGGACCAUGUAAAUUUUCAUAUCUUUGAUGAGACCGCCGCCGAUGAAUUAUACCCUAAUUCUUCUCCCGAUUUGGGGUCGCUGCCGAUCGAGCAGUUUCAAUUGAACGAUAAUUCUAAUCAAGAGGAAUUGUUUGACGCCGGUGAGUUUUUGUCGGAUGUGCUUUUGGAUUCGCCUGCAGUGUCUGGUUGGGAUCAGGCUGGUGAAGUGAUUGAUGUUCCAAAAGCCAAGAAUUUGGAGGAGAAGGGCCAGGAGAAUCAGGCGGAUGUUCCGCCGGCGGAACAUAACGUUGUUGAUGUUGUAGAUGAUGAUGAUCCCAUUGCCAAAAAAAAGAAGAGGCAAAUCCGGAAUAGGGAUGCUGCAGUCAAAUCACGAGAGAGGAAGAAAAUGUAUGUGAGAGAUCUCGAGAUGAAGAGUAAGUACUAUGAAGCAGAAUGCAAGAGGCUCGGGAUGUUACUUCAGUGCUGUCUCGCCGAGAAUCAAACUUUACGCCUUUCCCUGCACAACAAGGCCUUUGAUGCUUCCGUGACCAGGCAGGAGUCUGCUGUGCUCUUGUUGGAAUCCCUGCUGUUGGGUUCCCUGCUUUGGUUCCUAGGCAUCAUAUGCCUGCUGAUUCUACAGGGCCAGCUCAAAUCAACUCUAGAAGCAGUUCUAGUGGGAAUCGUAGACAGCGAAAAGCAGGGAAAGGUCGCUCCAAGAAAGAGGGGAAUUGAGGUUUUCAGGGUUCCUGGAUUUCAAUCUUAUAUGAUUGGCAAGAGAUGCAAAGCUUCAAGAUCAAGGAUCAAAUUGCGAUUUACAGCUCUAUUAGUCUUCGUGUGA